ACAUCUAUGAUAACACCCUCUCAAGAAAUCAAUACCACUGAAAUAACAAAUAUAUCAACAGUUACACAGCAAUCUCCUUCUGCACAACCAACAUCUGAAAGUGCCUCUACGUCUGAGAUUAUGACACAAGAGACUAGUAGUGUUACCACAAUAUCUUCUGAGACACAUAGUACUACAGAGCUACCAACCAUCUCAUCAGAGACAACACUCUCUCAAGAAAUUAAUAUCACUGAAAGUAUACAUUUUUCAACAGUAACACAGCAUCCUGCUUCUGCACAUCUAACAUCUGAAAGUGCCUCCACCUCUGAGACUAGUAGUGUUACCACAAUAACUUCUGAGACACAAAGUACUAAAGAGCUAGUGACCAUCUCCUCAGAGACAAAACCCUCUGAAGAAAUUAAUAUCACUGAAACAACUAAUUUUUUAACAAUAACACAGCAUCCUGCUUCUGCACAACAAACAUCUGAAAGUGCCUCCACCUCUGAGAUUAUUACACAAGAGACUAGUAGUUUUGCCAAACUAACAUCUGAGACACAGAGUGCAACUGUACUCCCAACCAUCACAUCUAUGAUAACACCCUCUCAAGAAACGAAUACCGCUGAGAUAACAAAUAUUUCAACAGUUACACAGCAAUCUGCUUCUGCACAUCCAACACCUGAAAGUGCCUCAACCUCUGAGAUUAUGACACAAGAGACUAGUAGUGCUACAUCAUUAACUUCUGAGAAACACAGUACUACAGAACUACCAACCAGCUCAUCAGAGACAACACCCUCUCAAGAAAUUAAUAUCACUGAAAGUACACAUUUUUCAACAGUAACACAACAUCCUGCUUCUGCACAUCCAGCAUCUGAAAGUGCCUCUACCUCUGAGAUUAUGACACAAGAGACUAAAAGUAUUUCCAAACUAACUUCUGAGACACUAAGUACUACAAAACUGCCAUUCAGCACAGCUGAGACAACACCAUCUUUUAAAACUUAUUCCAGUCACACAAGUGUAUCACCAGCUGCACAACAAUCUCCUUCUGCCUAUUCAACAUCUGAGAGUUUCUCCACCUCAGAAGUUUCCACACAUGUAAGAACUACAAAUGUAAUUGAAGAAACUAACACACUUUCUAAAAGAGCAUUUACUUUGCCGUUGACUUCCUCUAGUUUGCCAUUAACAUCAAAUUCAACUUCACAAAUAUUAACCACUACCAUUGAAACAGAAACUAGUGCAGAAAUAGCAACGGUCACAUUUGAGUCUGCACCAUCUCAUCAGACAAAUGCUACUCAAAUUACAAUACCCCAGCAAUCUUUUUCAACACACCCCACGUCAGAAAGUGUCUCCACUUCUGGAUUUUCAACUCCACCCUCUAAAGAAACCAAUACUACUCAAACAACAAAUAUUUCAACAGUUAUGCAACAAUCCUCUACUACAAUUUCGGCAUCUGAAGGUGUCUCUACCUCUACCACAACAGAGGUGACCAACUCAACUUCUAAAGCAGCAUCUUCUUUGCCAGUAACUUUCCCAUCCUCUAGUUUGCCAGGAACAGCAAAGACAUCUAGAACAUUUUCAUCCACUACAGAGCCACAAAGUACUGCAGAAAUAUCCACAGUCAUAGUAAAAACUGCAACACUUCCUUAUACAAAUGCAACUCAAACAAUUAAUACAACCCUACCCCAAAAAUCUACUUCAACACAUGCCAUGUCAGAAAGUGUUUCCACGUCUGAAUUGUCGACCCGCAUGAUAACAUCUGCAAAAAGUGAGUUUCCAUCAACAUCUCCAUCAUCUUCAUCACCCCUAGUAACGACAGCUACUACUAAUACAUCUGUCUUAACUUCAUCAGCAAUGAAUAAACCAACUGGACUGGCAACACUCACCUAUAACACUCAAACUCCGUUAAGUAAUCACACGACAACCAAGAACACAUCCAUCUCUUCAACAUAUAGUUCUCUUCACAGCACUACCACGGUGGCAGCCAUUGGAAACACAUCAACUUCUGUCCUAACAACUUUAAGUGCUACCACUAUAUCCUGUACAAGCAAUACAAAUCAGCAAAUUUGCUCCUAUACUAAUGGAAUCUGUUCCUGUGCUUGCAGUAGGGAUUACAUGGGAAGUGACUGUGUAUAUGGCAAAAAUGAGACCGUCGCUGUUUUAGACCCGGCGCACAGACCAAAGCGUCAAGUCGUCGUUGAACUUACCUUAUACAUGGUAUUCAUUCCAGCACUAGCCAAUCCUGCGUCCACAGAAUACAGGAAUCUGCAGCAAGCAGUACUACCUAUUCUGACGGAAGCCUUCAAGAGAGCAGCGCCUAAUUAUUUUGUGGCAGUGGUCAUUAAUGGUUUCAGGGAGGGGAGUGUGGUCAUUAACAGCACUGCAACCUACGGCUACCCAAACAACCAGAGCGGUAUUGACUUCAUAAACAACAAUUUGCAGACUGCGAUGAACCGCUCGCUGAUACAGUCACUGCCGGCAAUCAGUGAUGCAGUGAAAGCAAACGCCUCGGUCCUCAGUAUAAACGCUGCACCCGCUUCUAUUACAAAGGUGGAUGAGCUGAAACAAUAUCUGAAUUGCUCUCUGAAUUACGCUGGCUAUGAGGUGCAGUGUAAUAAUAACACCUGUUACUGCAACGGACCCUGCUUUACUCACCCAAACUACUGCAAUCGCAACGGAGACUGCUACAAUGCAAUCAACGGACCACUAUGCCAGUGCUACCAGUCUAAUUUGUUCCAGUACAGCGGGAACCAGUGUGACCUUUAUGAACGGAACGCUGGAUUUUAUGCCUUAGUUUUUGGCACCCUGGGCGGUGCGCUGCUGCUUCUCAUUGUCUUAAUUUUUGCGGUGGUAGUCUACAAGAAGAAGAGGAUGACGAGUCUGUUUAGAGAAAGACGAGAAUCAAAAACAUGGUUUUCAUUUGAUGAAGAGCGUCAUAGCUUUCAGUAUACCGAUAUGGAUGCUGUGGCCAGAGCCCACAUGACAAAGUUGUCUCCUAAACAAGGGAGAUACGACUUAGAAAGCCAUCAAUCUACUGGCAGCGACCUCUCCUCAGGGGUGUAUACGCCCAGAUUGGAGAAAGUGGAUACUACACAAUCGUACAAAAUAGAAAGACCACAACUGGCGCCGUCCAAUAGCGGACAAACGUGAUCUGAAAUCGUAAAAAAUAAAUAUUGGUGAAAUUGCAGCAACAUUUUGCACAAAUUGACUAUGGAGGUGUAACGGCAAUACAAUGGCUGAACUCCUCUUGUGCUGCACCAUAUCAUGGCAUUCUGCACUUUAUUGGUAAACUCUGCAUUUCGUUGAGUUUAUAGCCUACAGGAUUCUAGGCGGGGGAAAAAAAAAAAAAGUAUUGGCGCACUUAAAGAGGAAAUCUGACAGAAAAACAUGCAAAAUUCUGUAGUCGAAGGCAGAAUGAAUCAAAUAUUCUGUGGAUCAGUGUUGAACGUAUUGCUUAUCUCUGGUGCUGAAGAACAUUAAAAACAGAAUUAUUUUCUUAUCUAAUGUGAACGUUCAGUUAAAAAAUUUUUGAAGAAACGUGUAUCUGACCAAUGUCGCUAUUUGCACAGUCCUACGCAAAAUGAAUAAUCACAAUUCUAUUUUCAAAUUAAUAUAUUAUGGUUUUUUUAUUUUCUUAAAGUUAUGUAUGAAUUGUAAAAUGAACAAAAUUAUUUGCCAUGCACUGAGUUUCUUCUGGUAAGAAAGGAACAAAUUCUGCAUUUCUUGCACUUGUACACAGCUGUGGCCCAGAUUUAUCAAGCCUUGGAGAGUCAAAGCACCAACCAGUCAGCUCCUGUAAUUUUUGAAACACAGCCUGUAACAUGGCAGUUAGGAGCCGAUUGGUUGGUACUUUAUCAAAUUGCAAUUUAUCACUCUCAAGGAUUGAUAAAUCGUAUAUUGUAUUUUUUUAUAACAAAAAAACAAAAAUGAGGUAUAGUUUUAAAAGAAGACUAUGCGGAGUUUGUUUUUAUUCUAAAUAAGUUUACAUAUUUUAUUAUUACCAAACCGUUUAGGUUGAAAUGUUAAAGGGAACAGAAUCUAAUGAGAAUAUCUGUCAGAACAAUAAAAAAA